AUGUCCACUACAACCCUCCCCAAAACAAUGCGUGCUCUCCUUCAACCCGACAUCCAAGAAACCCGCCUUAUCCAAACCACGCUCGACAUCCCAACCCCAGACCCCAACACAAACGAGCACCUCAUUCGCGUCCACUGCGUCUCCCCCUGUGCGAAUGAACUCAACUGGCUAAAGUACUUCCCUCCACCCAAGCCCCGGACACAAAUCCCAUGUUACGACAUCGCCGGCACAGUCGUCAAAUCGCCCCGCAAUUCUCCCUUCUCUGUCGGAGAUGAGGUCUACGCUCGGACAAACUAUCUGCGGCCCGGUUGUGCCAGCGACUACACCAUUGCCGUCACCGAUGAACUGGCGCAUCGACCGAACAGACUAAGCUGGGCGGAGUCAACUGCCGUCCCGCUUUCCGCGCAAACGGCUUGGCAGGCUUUGUUCGUUCAGAGCGGGAUUGGGAACUUUGAAAGUGAGGAGUGGAAGGGGAAGAGAGUUCUUGUUACUGCUGCUUCUGGAGGAGUGGGGAUCUGGGUUACCCAGAUUGCGAGGCUGGUUGGUGCGACGGUUAUUGGGACGUGUGGAUCGAGGAACGUGGACUUUGUGAAGGGGUUGGGAGCGAGUGAGGUUAUUGAUUAUCGGCAAACUGAUUUGCGGGGGUGGGCACAGGAGCCAGGGAACCAGGUUGAUGUGGUUGUUGAUUGUAUUGGGGGGAAGUCAUUGGCAGAUGCGUGGUGGUGUGUAAAGGAUGGCGGUGUUUUGGUUAGCAUCUACCAGCCCCCGAAGCAGGUUCGACCGGAGGAGUUACGAGAGAAGAGUGUCAAGAGUUUGUUCUUUGUGAUGGAGCCAAAGAGAGAGCAUCUUGAGGCUAUUACGAAGCUUGUUGAGGUGGGGAAGUGUCGGCCUGUUGUAGAUAGUAUUUGGCCUUUGGAGCUUUUCGAGGAGGCUUUUGCGAGAUUGGAUGGGGGACAUGCUAGGGGGAAGAUUAUUUUGGAUUUGUCUCUCAAUCAGUGA